GACACUAACUAAUCCCUAAGUUUUAAUCCGUGUUUGCAAAAAAAAUGUUAUCAUCUUUAUUGUUCUUCCUAUUUUUAGCUCUGCCGAGCAGCAGCACCUCCGAUUUAGCGAUGAAACUGGACUUGAUCCAUCGAGAACUGGCGUCCGUUAAUCCGUCGUGGAAUCGAGUUUUGAAUUUCAUUUUGGAAUCGAAUCAGCUAAACACCAAUAAAGAUCUAGGCCAAAAUAAUGACGACAAUCAACAGUGCUGUUGGACGGGCCAUUCGGGUUGGUGGUGUCGUCGACGAAGACAUCGCUACGUGCCGAUUAAACAGACGACAAUUUAUGCUAACGAUGCGAUUGAAAAUGAGGGUCAUUUGCAUAGUCAUGGUGACAAUCUUCCUACCGAUCAACUGGGCCAUCGAUCGGCAAGGCCCGCUGAACUCUACGAGGCCACCGAUUGGAACUGUCUGUCCAACAAGACGGCGGAAGUUGGUCCCGCCGAGGUUGCAUCGCUAUCAACACCCCGACAUCACGUGGAUGCGCCGGCCAUCUUUUCCAUCCUGAUGAAUUUCGGACGCAAUGAAUACUAUCAAUUCUUACUCAGCAUGCUCGAUUACCUGGAGGAAGAUCACGCAUGUCCUGAAGGAUACGUUUGGGAUCCUUUCGCAUCCGCUUGCCGUCGUGUUUAUUGCGGCCCUAGAGCGAUCGAUGGAUUCAUGAAAGAUGCCUGCGCCAACACAACAAACGGAACGCAAUCUGAUUGGCGUAUGACUUAUAUCAUGGAAUUGAACCUGAUUCAAUUAACGCUUUACGUCGAUGCUAUCUACGAUGUGCACAGCAUCAGUGAUGAUGCAUUGAUUGCCAUCAUUCAACAAUCGUUCACGUCCGUCUUUGCAUCUUUCGUUGGCAUUAGCCCUGGACGUAUCACUAACCUUCACGUGGAAUUUCUUAAUGAAUCGAGCAGAGAUGUUCCAGGAUUGCGAUCUUUGACCCUUGAUUUCUGGUUGAGUCAAGCGGAGGAAGGAUCGGAUGAACCGACAAUAGAUAGCGUUGUAUCUUUGAUGGGUAGUUUGAUUGUCCAGGAUCGUUUGAUCGUGGUCAUUGAUGGUGUAGUUGUUCAGCUGAUUGGUCUUCACGAACAGCCCGUAUCAUCGGAAUCGGACAGUUUUGCCAACUGGUGCAGAGGCGGCAUAACGGCCAUUUAUCACAACGACGAGUUUCUCAUCGAAGUCAACACCACUGAAACUAACCAAACAGAAUUGAUUGUGUACAUCAAAGCGACUGAUCAAUGGUACUCUUCUGGAGAAUACAUGGCUGAUUUGUUUUUCUACGGUUCAACAGAUUCAGAAUUAACGAGUUUAUCAGGAUCUGUUGCAGUCUGCGAGAAUCGAAGUGUUUUGUUAGACGCUUCAUGCAACGUUGUUCGUUUGAACGAAACUGAAUUUAUCUUCCUGGACAACAACACUGUUUUGUAUAAUGGAACUACACCGUUUAUCGAUCCCGUUUUACAGCCGGGAGAAUAUGAAAGCCUUCCCGACGGCGGAUUGGCUGUUUGCCUCUACAUCGAACAAGAUUGGCCAAUGGCUUUGAUCAUCGAAUCUUACCUGACACUUUGCUUGAUGACCAUUUCAGUUAUGGCGAUGUCUGCCACCAUCAUCACUUACAUCCUCUUUCCCGAACUGAGGAAUUUAGCCGGAUUGGCCGUGAUGAAUCUAUGCCUCAUGACAUCCGGAUUUCAGUUGUGUGUCAUGAUCGGCAUGUCUAUUUCCGUUCAUUCCGAAUAUGAAUUAUGCGUAGCCGCUUCGAUUAUCGCUCACUACGAAGGAUUGGCUUCGAUCUUUUGGACUAAUGUCAUGGCCGUCGAUCUCUACCUAACCCUGGGCAGAUGGAGCGCAGUGCCCCGGAAGCCUUCCAAAAUCCUUCCGCGUUACGCUCUCUACGCUUACGGACUUCCGUUAGUGAUCGUAUCGAUUGCGGUAGCUAUCAAUUUUUGCAAUUGCACUGGCGAAUUCAACGUGGACUACGGCCGGCUCUUUUGCUGGAUCAGCAAUCCAACAGCCAAUAUGAUCUUCUUCGGUUUGCCACUGGCCUUGGCUUUAUUGGCCAACAUCUUCCUGUUUAUAAGAACAGUGGCCAUCAUUCAGGGUUCAUCAGCCUGCCAUCAAUGUUCCAGACGUCAAAAGGCCCUGUGCCAGCUGAAAUUGUACGCCCGCAUGUCCACCGUGAUGGGUUUCACAUGGAUCUUUGCCUUCAUUUCGGCCUUUUUCAAUCCGUCUUCUACAGCCGGCAUGAUCUUCACCUUCACUUACAUCAUUCUGAACGCCAUGGGAGGUCUGUUUAUUUUCGUGGCCUUUACGUGUAACCGUCGCGUCUAUCAGCUCUACAGCGAUUGGUGGGCCAGAAGACGCAAUCAGUUUAUGCGACAAUCCAGCACAACGGCAGACAGCGUGAGUCGGUCCAGCAAUAAGAAAACGGUUCCAUCUGAGCAACAACGUCGCAACAACCGUCAAACCAAGACCAUUUCCAUCGAGACGCUCGUUUCUAAUUCAGACGAACAAAGUCAACGUGAAACUUCGCAUCACAUGUAAAACAUUUUUGAAAUUUUUUUUCUAUUCGAAAAUAAAACGAAAUUACAUUUUUGUUUACCA